AUGGCGGCAGCGGCGGCAGAGGAGGACGCUUCGGGGGGCGCCGGGCGUGCCCGGGUGGGCCUGUGCGUGCUGUGCGGGCUGCCCGCGGCCGGCAAGUCCACCCUGGCCAGCGCCCUGCACCGCCAGCUGCCGCCGCGCACCGGCUGGGCCUGCGCCGUGCUCGCCUACGACGAACUCAUUCCGCCGGAAGCCUUCGGGCCGGAGGAGCCGUCCUCAUUGCUGCCGCGCUGGAAGCGGAGCCGGCGGGAGCUGCUGCAGUGCCUGGAGAGCCUCCUGCGGGCGCUGCUCACCGGAGACCCGCUCGCCCGCCCUGCCGCCGCCACCCAGCCGGCCUGGGAGCGCUUCCUGGCCUGCUGCCGGCAGCAGGGGUUGCUCUCGGCAGAAAGCCACGCCGGAGCCGGUUACCGGACACUCGCAGCCACGCCUGGGCCACUCUACCUGGUCUUGGAUGAUAACUUCUAUUACCAGAGCAUGAGAUACGAGGUGUACCAGCUGGCCCGCAGGUAUUCCUUGAGCUUCUGCCAGCUGUUUUUAGAGUGCCCACUUGAGUGCUGCUUGCAGAGGAACCGUCUCAGGAGCCAGCCAUUACCUGAGCAGACAAUAUGCUUGAUGGCAAGAAAAAUGGAAAUGCCUGAGCUCAAGAAAAAUGCCUGGGAGCAGAACAGUCUCCUUCUGCAAAGUGCUGCUGGCACUUCAGAGGAUCGUUGUGCUGCUGGACUGAUUGAGCAGAUCAUUGGUUUGCUGGCCACUGCUCUGGCAAAUCCAGUCAAGCAGAACGAGGAGAGCACUGAGAGCAAGGAAGCAGACCGAGCAGUGUGUGCUGCCAGUGCCAUCCACCAGGCGGACCAGAGCUGCAGGCGCAUCAUCUCCCAGGCCAUGAGGGACGCUAAAGAUAAAAAGGUACUCCCAGGGGAGAUGAAGAGCCUGGCAGAAGAGCUGCACGAACUGAAGGCAGAACUUCUGGAAGCCUUGCGCCAGGGAACUUGUUGGAAAGGCCAAGUUUGCCUGGAAAAUCCACACUCUGCCCCUGCUGCCUGGGUCACUUCCUCAUUCCAGCAUGAAGUAGCCAAUCUACUUAAUAAAUAUAUUUUCCAGUAAUGC